AUGAGCCGAGACUACUACUUCAACCACCACCCACUACUUGAUCACAACACCACUACUACAUUUUCCACACCGCUGCAAACCAUGCAUUGGAACGGCGUGUACUAUCCCAACUGGCGAAUCUAUCGCGAGCAGCCACCUGUGUCGCUGAACUACGACGUCAUUUCGCAUGUGUUUUAUGCGUUUGCUUGGGUUAAGGAGGAUGGAACGGUGUAUUUGAGCGAUGAAUGGGCAGAUACGCAAAUCGAUGUCCCAGGCAUCGACGACAUACCUGCAACAAAGGGCUGUCUAAACUCGUUUGCACUUCUUAAGAAGAAGUACACGAGACUCCGCGUAGUCCUCUCUGUCGGUGGCGGCGGAAAAGGAAGUGAACCGUUUGCAGGCGUGGCUCGCGAUCCAGCAUGUCGUGAGCGCUUUGCACAGUCAUCCCUGGCUUUAGUCCAGCAAUUCGGUAUCGACGGCAUUGACAUCGACUGGGAACAUCCAGCAGACGCCAGCCAAGGCCAAGACUACAUCGCCCUCCUCGCCACAAUCCGCCAAUACCUCCCCGCCCCCCAAUACACGCUAUCUUCGGCGCUCCCCGCCGGCGAAUGGGCCCUCCAGCACAUCAAUCUCGGCUACGCAUCCCAAUACCUCGACCUCGUCAACCUCAUGGCCUACGACUACUCGGGCCCCUGGGUCAGCAAAUGCGGGCACCAAGCCCAACUCUUCACCCCGCCCGUCCCGCACUGCCCUGAAGCCGCAAUCUCCUGCCACUCAGCCGUGUCCUACAUGCUCAGCCAAGGCGUGCCCCGCCACAAAAUCGUCAUGGGCGUCCCCGCCUACGGCCGCAGUUUCACGGGCACUAGGGGUAUCGGGCAUUCGUUCGAGGGCCAGGCCGGCGAGGAGGGGACGUUUGAGUAUCGCGACUUGCCCAGGCCGGGCGCGCAGGAGCAUGUGGAUGAGCAGCUGGGUGCGGCGUAUUGUGUAGGUGGGGAUGGUGGGUUGGUGACGUAUGAUACGCCGGCGACGGUGAGGAUGAAGGCGAAUUAUGUAAGGCAGAAUGGGCUUGGGGGGUUGUUUUAUUGGACAGGUACGGGCGAUGUGAGUUCGAUUACGCAGAAGGAGAGGAGUUUGGUGUAUAAUGGGUUUUUGGCGCUGUUUGGGCAGUAA